AUGCGGCUUUCCCUUCCGUUUCGUGUCCAAAAUCGCCACCUGAGCGGGCUGCGGGCCCACGAAAAACCCCUACGGCAAUUGGCAAAACCCCGCUACAAUGGCUCCGUUCUAGUAGAGCCACAGAAGGUGAAAGCAGAAGACGCGGUGAAGACCGUUAAAUCGGGAGACUGGAUUUACCUUCACCAUGCUGCUUCGACGCCCAUAGAUUUGCUGAAUGCGUUAGCCAAACAUGCAAAGAGAAACAACAUCAAGAACAUCACAACGACCAGUGCCUUGAUUAUGGGGAACAAUCCCUUUGCUAAUGAUCCAGAAAUAUACGGUAACUUUAAUUCACUUUGACAUUUUUCAAGAACACAUAAGCAUGAUCUUUAAAUCAUAACUUGAAUUCUUUAGAUUACAUUCGCCCGAAAGUAAUAUUCACCAGUCCGAGUGUUCGAAAGGCCGUGAACCAAGGCAAGGCCGACUACAUUCCCAUCUUCCUCAACGAAUCCGGUAGAAUCUACGACACGAAACGGGUACCUGUAGACGUCGCUUUUCUUAACCUAAGUCCCCCAGACGAAAACGGAUUCUGCAGUUUGGGUGUGAACUGUGAUAUGUCUAGUCCGGCGGCCAGAAACGCCAAAAUCAUUAUAGGUACGUUUUUUUUUCAAAAUACAAACAUAAGAUUUAUAUUUUACAAAAACAAAACUAUAUUUCAAGUGUUACCUAAAAUCUCCUUUUUCAGCUACCAUAAACAAGACUCAACCUCAAACCUUUGGAGACUCUAAAAUCCACAUUUCCCACGUGGAUUAUCUUGUUCCUGAAGCCGAAACUCCAAUUUCAUGUGUGCCAAAAGCAGCGAUCAAAUCUGCAGAAGAAGAAAUCGGUCGGUUAAUCGCUGAGAAUCUGGUCGAAGAUGAAGCUACACUUCAAUUAGGUAAAACUUUCAUUCACAAGGAAAAAUAUUUUUUUCCAGGUUAUUCUAAUUCUAAAAGAACGAAAUGUCAUUUUGAUAAAGUUGCGGCUUGUGGCAUUUCGUUAAGAUCUGCAGACGGAUAAAUCAUUGACAAUUUUUUGUUUCCAAAACGCAAAAAUAGUGCUUUUUACCCGAAUUUACUAAAAUAUUAGGAUACAAUAAUUAUGAUUGAAUUAAUAGUUUAUAGAAUGUUUGUCGUAGAUAAUAUAAUUAACAUUGUUUUAGGUAUCGGCUCGAUUCCUGAUGCCGUUCUCAGCAAGCUCACAACUCACAAGAACCUUGGUGUACAUACGGAGAUGGUGAGUGAUGGUAUUGUGGAUUUGUGGAGGAAAGGCGUAGUCAACAAUUCGAAGAAGACCAGAGAUGUAGGUAAAGGAGUUAUGGCGUUUGCGAUGGGAACAAAAGAGUUUUACGAUUUUAUCGAUGGAAAUGAGGACAUCUGUAAGUUAAACUUAUGGUUUUGGUUAUUUUUCUACAAUACUUCGUAUGUUUGAAUAGUUUUUGAGUAUUACAGUGUCGUUUAGUGUUUGGUAGCGUUGGAUACACAAAUGAUGUUGAUGUUAUUGCAACAAGUCACAAAAUGACUGGCAUUAACUCAGCAAUCGAGGUCGAUUUGGCUGGUCAAGUUGUUUCUGAUACUAUUGGCAAAUCCAUAUAUUCAGGUAGGUAUAGAAAGUUGUUUGUAAACUACGAAUGAAAACAAUUCUACAUUGUUACGUAAAACAAUAUUAACAUGAUCCAAUCAUUGACUACUGUAACCUUUCAGGUUUUGGUGGUCAAGUAGACUUUGUAUACGGCUCUGCCAAUUGUAAAGAUGGCAAAGGGAAGUCGAUCAUUGCCAUAACUGCACGAACAGAGAAAGGAGUCUCUAAAAUAGUACCGUACAUUAAAAAGGGUGCUGGGGUUGUGUCAACUCGUGCACAUUUACGGUAUUUGGUGACAGAAUACGGUAUCGCUGACAUUUGGGGUCGUAGCAAUUUGCAUAGAGCUUAUGAAUUGAUUCGGGUAUCUCAUCCAGAAGAUCGUGAGCGGCUGGAAAAGGAAGCGUUUGAAAGAUUCGGAGCAAUGCCAAGGAGGGAUAUUUGA